CGAGGACGCAAACCCGACCAGGUUCACAACGUUGUUCUCACCCUCUUCCUCCUUUCUCAAACAACAACUUGUCUUCAAACUUAACUCAAAACUCCAAUGCUUCCAAUCUUAAUUGUAACCAACGAGAGAGAGAGAAAAAGAGAGACAACACCCACUAUUGUUUCUUCUUUUCCUUAAUUUGUUUCUCUGUGUCUCACACGAAUGGAAGACAUAAUAAGUGUUGGUUCCAACCACAACAUGGGUUCCUCAAAGGGAAAAAAAGAAGACCUUUACCAUGUGCUUCACAAGGUUCCUUAUGGUGAUAGCCCUUAUGUCAGAGCUAAGCAUGCCCAGCUGGUAGAAAAGGACCCGGAGGCUGCAAUUGUAUUAUUUUGGAAAGCAAUAAAUUCAGGGGAUAAAGUGGACAGUGCUUUAAAGGACAUGGCAGUGGUGAUGAAGCAGUUGGAUAGAUCUGAAGAAGCCAUUGAAGCCAUACGUUCAUUUAGAGGCCUAUGCUCUAAACAAUCCCAAGAGUCCCUUGAUAAUGUACUAAUUGAUCUUUACAAGAAAUGUGGAAAAAUAGAUGAGCAAAUAGAAUUGCUGAAGCGAAAGUUGAAGUUGAUCUACCAAGGAGAGGCAUUCAAUGGGAAACUCACUAAGACAGCAAGAUCUCAUGGCAAGAAGUUCCAAGUUUCCAUUAAACAAGAAACUUCAAGAUUAUUGGGAAACCUGGGCUGGGCCUACAUGCAAAAGAUGAACUACAUGAUGGCCGAAGUGGUGUAUAGGAAAGCCCAAAUGAUUGAUCCAGAUUGUAACAAAGCCUGUAACUUGGGUCUAUGCCUCAUUAGACAAGCCAGGUAUGAAGAGGCCCAAUUGAUUCUUGAAGAUGUAUUAAAUGGAAAACUUCCGGGCUCAGAUGAUAGCAAAUCCAGGAAACGAGCCCAAGAUCUUACAAAAGAGUUGAGAUCCAUGCUACCUCCACCACAUUUGUCAGAUCUUUUGGGCCUGGAUGAUGAGUUCAUCAAAGGCCUGGAACAGUUGAUGAAUGAAUGGGGCCCAAUUAGAUCUAAGAGACUUCCAAUUUUUGAGGAGAUUUCUUCAUUUAGAGAUCAAUUAGCAUGUUAAGUUCAUACUGUGUAUAUAUUUCUUGAAAUUGAGUUGGGUAAUAGCUGUGUAAGAAGAACUAGCCUCUUUUAUUUCUUUUCCUAUUUUUGAUGUAGUGAAGGGUGUAGCAUUUCUGGAAGAGUGGGGAAUUAAAUGGAGUGAAAAGUUGAUGUAAAUUAAUGAUGUGAUCGAAACAAUAAGCCUGUUGUUUUUAUAAACUUCAAUAAGAAGUUAUUGGAACCCACUUUUAAUUGUUA